AUGAGGCAUCACUUCAGUCUCAACGGCUGGCCUGGUUCAAAGUUGGGCCCAGCGCCUGAUGACGAAGCUGGCCAGCGUCGACUUAUCGAUGCGCUGCAGGAUCGGAAGACAGAGAUCUACCGCGAUUAUGUUUUGCGAGGGCGUGCUUCAGCUCGGCCUGGCAUUGUGGAGCUGAUUGAUGCAGCUUUGGAGCGGCCGGAUCUAAAGACUGCGAUUUGCUCUGCAGGCACCCGGGAGGCGGCCCAACAGGUGCUGCUGGCGGUCCUCGGGGAGGAGCGGUUGGGCAACUUUGAUUUGAUCCUGCUAGGCGACGACGUGAGCAGGAAGAAGCCGGAUCCCUUGAUCUACAUCCUGGCAUCGGAAGGCAUGGCCGUGCCAGUGGAAAACUGCGUGGUCGUCGAAGACUCUAAGAUUGGUUUGGAAGCGGCGGUAGCGGCAGGCAUGAAGUGCUACAUCACCUACACUGACUCCACGCAAGGCCAGAAGUUCGAGGGCGCGGCCGAGGUGAUGCCGGACGCCACGGUCAUGGGCAGCGGUGCGUCCAAGAAGAAGGCGGAGGAAAAGAAGGACGAGGCCGUGCCAGCCGCACCCAAGGCGGAGGAGCCAAAGGCAGAAGCUGCGCCAAAGGCAGAAGCUGCGCCAAAGGCAGCUGAGCCAAAGGAGGAGCCAAAGGAGGCAGAGGAGCCACCGAAGGAGCCAAAGGCGGAAACCGAACCAAAGGCUGAGGCUGCGGCUACAACGAAUGACAAUGGCAACGGGGAAUCUGCCCCAGCCGAAUCUGCCCCCCAGGCAACGGAAGAGCCGGCAGCACCCAAAACAAUCGACUGGGCAAAGUUGGAUGAGAAGCUCCCUCAUGCAAAGGACCCAGAGUCGAAGAAACUUCGGCUGGAAAUGUUUGACAAGAUGGAUGUGAACAAGUCUCGGCAACUCUCUCUCAUGGAGGUGAGUGCUGGCAUGGAGGCAAUUUUGGCCGACUUCACAGAUGUCAAAGUUGCAACUGUCAUCCGCUCUGCCUUCAAUGUUGCCAAGGUAGCUGGUCAAAAGCACGGAAGCAAGGGCUCCGCGGACUACAUUGAGAGGAACGAAUUUCGACUUCUACUCUUCUAUGCGCGCGAAUACUUCACGUUCUUUCAGGUCUACCGGGAGAUGAGCCCCGAAGGGGAUAUGCGGGUGAGCCUCGAGGAAUUCAACAAGGCGCUCCCACUGCUGAAGGAGUGGGGUGUCGAGAUCACUCCGGAAAAUGCCGAGACGGAGUUCAAGACCAUCGACAAGGAUGGAAAGGGCCAAAUCCUUUUUGACGAGUUCGCCGAGUGGGCCAUGAACCACAAUUUGGAGAUCCCUGACACAGAGGAAGCCACAGCAGAAGCAACUGCUGAAGCAACUGCUGAAGCAACUGCUGAAGCAACCAAUGCGGAGGCUGCGUGA